UACAACUGAGGCUUGUCGUGGCUUAGUCUUCAGAAAAGUAGAGUAAAGCUGGAUAGAUUAUGUACACUCAUGGGAAACUGACAGUUUUCAUUAACAAGGCUUUUAACACUCAACAACAAUCGCUAUACUGAUCCAAAACUCUGGCUAAGGUGUAAAACUCACCAGAACAACUUCUGGCCUAUCCUUGUUACAUUUGCCGGUGCUAUCUGUGUGUGUUUGCAUAUUAUGGGGCAGAGCAACCAGUAUGCAGAAAGUCCUCGGAUGCAGACACACUUACACUAUUUUAUUAGAAACUACCUUCAUUGAAUCAGCAGCCUCCUGCAGGCCUGCGGUCCCCAGAACUGUCACAUCAUAAGUCAGGCAUGGGGAAUACCAGCAGCGCAUGUCAAAUGAGCAACUACAGCCGGAGGAACGUGCGGGCGUUCAUCACGGAGGAGGCCCAGCAGAUUGACGCCUUCAUCACUUCCCAGACGGACGCUCAUAAAAGCCUGCCUGCGCUUCCGGGGGUGAAAAAGUUCAGCUUCAGGAAAGAGAUCAGCUGCGUGCGUGUGCUGGCCUCUCAAACUCAGGAAGUGCCCUGGGAGCCCCGGCGCUUUCUGUCUGUCUUUGUGGAGGACGAGGACGAUGAAAACGUCUGUUGCAAACAGAUCAUGCUCAACAUGGCGCUCAGCGCUCCAGUCACCGUUCUGCUCUACGACGUGUAGGAAAAACAGCCCGACCCUCAUCUGCUGAUUGUCUGUAACUGAUUGGGGUAGAAAUAGUACCAGGCUGCUGUCGCAGUAAAGUUACUGCGAGGCCCUUCAAUAAAAAUAAAAAAAAUUCCAAUCAGCCGUUUGGCCUUUUUGCCUUUGAGUCGUCAUUACAGAUGGAAUGAGACUAAACAUGUUGAUUCUGUGUUCAUCUGGCUGCGUGACUCCCCCGCUGGGAUCAUCUGCUGUACUCCAGGUCUCAGCACUGUCACCAGACUGUGGGGUCUUUGUGCUGUUAGUAGACUACGCUAAAUUAAAUGUCAAGGUAGCGAUUGGUGUUGUCCCCAUGAGGCUGUUGUGAGAAAAUAAAGAC